AUGACAUCCACAGAGCCGGCGGAUACCUCCGCCACCAGCGCAGCGAGCGCCAAACGGGCGGCAUGCUCGCAAUGGACCCACAGCGACCGGAUCAAGCGCGAGUCGAGACACAUCUUCAACAAGCUGCACAGCAUCGCCGCAGAUGCUGACUUUGUGCGCCGUGUUCACUAUCGCUACGCUUCGCUGCUGGUCACGGCCAACCUGCGCUGUGGAGCCUGGUACACCGAUCCUGCCAUCACGUCGGCUGUAUCGUACUUCAAGUCCACCGACGGUCACACGCACCAGUGGAGCUUCAGCUUGAAGCGUUCCAACCUGCAUGUGAGCAUGCCAGAUGCUCUUAGCAAGACUAUCCCCGUCUGGUGCGCGGUGCUCAACACGGCAUCGCAGAGAAAGUAUGGAGUGCCUACUUCGGAAUCGGAAGCGUUCGGACUGCAUACGCCGACAUGGAUGAUCCCUCCAUCAGAGCACGAUCAGAUCCGGGCUCGCAUCGAUGGCUUCGUCACAGCGCUUCUAAAUUCUGACCUGGAUGUGCCCAGGCUCGACAAGCCGCUCCAACCAAUCUUUGUCACGCCGCAAAACGACAUGGACAUGCUCCCAAGCUCGCUUGCCAACACGACUGCGACGGAAAUUGUGCCCAUCGUAUUGCUGUCCGCAUCUAGGUUCAUCUCUGACUCGGCAAGCCUGGACUCAAACACGCCUGGUGGGGCAGAGACAGGUGGCAACAGCUUUGUAUACGUGCAGGGCGCAGGCGACGACCACGAGAACUGGGCUCGCGGCCUCACGCCAGACCUUUUCUGGCAGCACAGCGAUGCUUUACUGGCGUGCGAGAAGGACCUACUGGAAGAGGCGGUCGACAACCUGGUAAAGCAUCAUUCGACUGCAAGCGGAAGCCGCGCACAUUGGUUCACACCUCGCGCUGUCGGGUCCGAGCCGAGCGAUGGAGCCGACGCUGCGAACCGACUGGCAGGUACGGCACAAGGCGACGUGGAAGUUGGCAAUACUGGCAUCUUCAUCGGGGCACGUACAGCCGAACACAACUUUUCACCGGAUGAGCGGGCGCUGUACACCCGCAUCAUUCAUUUCACCAGCCUUGCACCUCCUGCUGUCCCUUCGAACCUCUCUUUCAACCUUGAAGCGCUCAAGAUUUCCGAUUCGGAGCCAUCGUCCAAUGUCUAUCCAAUACACAUGUCGCCAAACAAGAAAGGUCUCCUGGCUAUCCGCACAGCAUUCCCGCCGGCGAUCACGUGUGCUUACCGCACAUUGAUCGACCCAGCAAGCGCGGUAGGAAGUCGGCCAAAGAUCCUCGUGAGCUGCCAGGACGGUAAGGAUCUCUCAGGUAGCCUUGUGGUUGCGAUCCUCGCAUCUUGCUUUACCGACACGCGCCAACUCAUCACUGCAGAUGAAUCCAAGCGCGAACACGAGCUUGCGCUCACCAAGGACACCACACGGCGCCGAUUGCAGUGGCUCGUCAGCGCCAGCCCGCGUGCUGCACCAAGCAGGGCAUUCUUGCUGCGCGUCAACGAGCUUCUUCUCAGUCACAAGCACAAACCAGCACCAACAUAG